AUGCACUCCUGGCGAUCUCCUUGCUUUGAAGUUUCUUCUGAUUCCAUUGAGAAUGAGGAGGAUGUCAUAAGUUGUCCUGGCCCUGAUGACUCCCCGCCACAUCGCAUUGUCAAGGUGCGCGAUCUUUGGCGAGAACAAGAUGACAUCAUGGAAGAGUUGGUCAGGAACUCGGAGCCUGCCUGUGCCUUCGCUUCUAUGAAUGCUUCGCCGCUUCCAACGGAUUCUGCAGGAGUCGGUGGCGCUUCGUCUUCGACUUCUGCUUUGCCACCUUUUGACCUAAGGGAAUUUUGGGAAGAGGAAGAUCCAUGGGUGCAUUCCUUGACAGAGGAUCUUGCGCCACGUUCAGAAGCCGUGCCUCCACCGUUUGAUGUGACAGAGUUUUGGAAAGAAGAAGAUGCAUGGGUGCAAUCCUUGACGGUUUCUCCACGCAAGGCGUCGCAUACUUCGCCUGCUGCUGCUGCAUCCUCCCAGGAUUAG